CCGUGCACCAUUGUCGAAAGAUCGUCCGGGUAGUCGACACGCGUCUUCCGAUACUCUUCUUCGCUUCAGUCCGGUCUCGCUUCGUCCGGAUCUCGCGACACGUCGCAAUCGCCUCCUUUCUUUCUCCCCGAAUCGCGAAUUUUCGAAUAUCCCGUGGUACCCGAUUGGAUUCCGGAGUUGAUUCUAAGCGUUCGAGGCUCUUUUUGGUGGUAUUUCUUCUUUUCUUUCCGAAUAGGUGAUCGUCGAAGAACGCGGAUUCGGGCGGGUUCGCACCGUAAAGCCGUUUCACGUAUUUUCGCGAUCGUGCGCUCCGCGAGAUCGUCGGGUGUGUGUAGCGAACGCGUUUGAAGUGAUUCGAUGUUCCAUCAAAUUAAUUGACAUAUAGUGCGAAAAUGCGGAUGCAGCUGCUGAAGAUCGUGGUGGUCCUGCUGGUAGCAGGAUCGGGUGAUACCAGGCCACAGAAUGGCGCAGAUUCGCAAGCGAAGACGAUAGAAAGGAACGACGCGGGAUGGAGAGGCAUCCAAGUCUCGAGCAAGUCACACGACAUUGUUCGAGACGAUAGCAGUGGGCAACCGAACGACACCCAUCGUGAGUUAAAGGAUCUGCAGUAUAUGGAUCAGUCUCUGAGAACCGUCGCUACUCAACUCCUUAACGUUACAAAUCCGGAGGAUGUGAUGACGGUGAAUAACAAGGAACUCAUUCAAGCCGAUCUCAGCGUUGCGACUACGCCGAAAUCCUCGGAGAAGAACAAUGUUCCUACGUUGAUAAGAGAUGUUAGCUCGGAGAUCAGCAAUUUGGAGCCCGUGAGUUUCGGUAGGCCAAUCAAUUCCAAGUUCAGCUACUUCGAGACCGGCCAUCCGGGCCAAGCGAUGGCGAUGACGGAGGAAGAGCUUGAACGAGAGAUGAGUACGACGAGGCUGAUUACCGCCUAUAAAAAUCACCCGACAACAACUACCGGCGGUAUCUCCACUUGGAUCCUGCUGAAUCCGCCGUCGACAACCGUGAAGAGUGUAGAGAUCGAGAAGUCGAAGACGCAGCAACCGUUCCAGACGGAGGUACGACUUACGGUGAGACCGAGCUCGACGAUCGAAAAAGUCGAGACAAUCUCGCAGCCUGAGAAGAUCACGGAGAAGACCACGCCGCAGUUAACCCCCGUCAUAACCACCGAGAAAGUGACCGUGAUCACAAAGAAGCCAGCUGCGACGACAACGAAGAAAAUCACGACUACCUCGAAACCAGAGAGAGUUACUCAGGAUUCGGAAAAGGCAGAAACCUCAUCGAGCACAACUCUGAAGGUGAUCCGUACCACGACAACAAGCACCUCGACGACGACCGACGGGACAGCUACGUUGACGACUGUUCUCACGACGAAGAAGAGUCAACCGCCGCGAACCACUCCUAAGCCGAAAGUCACCACGCCGAGGCCAAAUUCUAAGCCGACGACAAUAAAAUCGACGACUACGAAGCCGACGAGAUCGAAGCCAACGAGGAAAACGACGAUCAAGCCGGAAACGGUGAAGAACGAGACCUCCGCAUCGACCGGUAAGAUCGAGAAGGUGACGUUCAAACCGGUCCCGAUCAUCACGACUCCGCAGGACAAGCCGGAGAUUACUGAGAAGCCGAUGUUCGUCACAAAGAUAAAAGCGUCGGUGCUCAUGGACACUCAGAAGACUCCGACCACUGUACUCCCGGCUACCACCGCGAGUACCACCCUGAGCGUUGGUACCACGUACAAGUCGAAUCUGUUGAGCGCGGAUCUCGUGGAGGUACCGGUGAGGUCGAAGCCGAUUGGCACGAAAGGGAACAAUGUGCUGAAAGUGCAGCUGAAGAAGCCCGUGGACGAGACCACGCAGAUCGAGAUAGAGCCGAUCAAAGUAAACGCGCCGAUUCUAACGAUCGAAAAGAUCGACAAGAACAAGAUGGGCGAAAUCUUGGUGAAAGAUACGGACGAUCUUAGCAACUCCAAAAUAGACCUCAAAUUUGACUUCAAUCCCGAAUUGACCAAAAUUAACGUAGAAACAAGAACGGAAUCGUCCGCGACGCCAUCGACAAGCAUGAUAGAGUCGAUCACCUCGACGACGAAGCGGCCGAGGCACAACUCGAAGAGGAAGAAGAACAAGAAUCGCAGGCGGAAGCCUGCCACGUCCUCGGCGCCAAGCUCGACGACACCCGCGAUGAUGCCUGUUCUAUUGGAGACCAGCGAGAGCGUUACUGACUCCACCAUCAUGGACAACGCGGUCCAGGAAUCGAAGAUCGCGCCCGAGACAAAGGUCGGGGCAAACACGAAGACCAAGAAGAAGCAACCGCAGAAAGCGAUCGGCACUCAGAUCUACAAUUUCCUCAGUCGUGAAGUGAUGCCGAGCUUUGGCGUCAUGUCGCUGGUAGGCUUGGGUCUCGGUCUCGCUUCAUAUUUCUUGUAUCCCUUCGGCGGUACGAUCACCCGAAGGAAUUACGACGUGGAGCCGAACUACAAGUACAACAUGGAUGAAUACGGCGGUAACUACGGGCAGAGCGAGGAGGAGAUGUUGUCCAAGGUGUUCCAGGGUAUGACGAAUUACGAGAACAAGUAUCCCGGGGCGAAAGAUAACUACAACAAUAACAACAACAAUUACUAUCAUUAUCAGCAUUACGACGGCGCGUACGACACUCAAACGACGAAGAAAAUCGAAUCGAGAUAUCCGUCUGCAGUGUCUACUUCUCCCGUUUAUAAAACCGCGGAGAAUACCCAACCGGCGGUGAAGUAUCGGAACACGGACUUCCGAUAUCCCGAAGUACAAACUACUCCGGUUUAUUACGAUCGCAAACGUCCGGAUCUCACGGAGGAAGUCAGCGCGAGCUCGGCGGCGAAUCGGCAAUUCGUGGUCGGCAAUGUACCCAAGGAGUAUCCGUUCGAUGUGAAAGUAUCAAACUUGCCGGUGGACAGCAAGAAAGGCGUUGGUUACAUGUCGACGGAGGUGGGACAGACGCAGUUCGAGCGGGAUGUAGCGCAGGGCUUUGAUUUCCCGAACGUGGCCGGUUUGCACGGUUACGGCCAUCCGGGAGCAUCGACUGUCCGACCGGACGAUGGAUACGAAGAGAUUGAAAUAACGCCGACAGCGGUGGCCGUCGAGCACGGGCCGCGAUCCCUUAAGGUCAAACGCGCCGCCCUUAACGAGCCCGCGGGCGGUCGAAGGCGACGUUCGAAGAGGGAAUCGGUAAUACAAAUAAUACCAUCGAAGCGCGAAUUGGAAGAGGAGCGUAAAGAGGUGGAGGAGGAGGAGGAUCUGAGCAACGAAAUUCUGGAUAUCAUCGACUCGGCUCUGCCGGGUGGCGGGGUGCCAACACACAAGACAAAAGGUAGCGGCGAGAACGAAGUGGAGGAUCUCGAGGGGCAGAAAAGGAAGCAGCAGGAGGAAGCUAAUACGCGCGCGAAGGAGUCCACGAUGAAAACCAUAAGACAAACGGAGGAAACGACGGAGAUCCCGACGACCAUGACCGUGGAAAAGACAGAUGACGGCGGUACCAGCAUCUCUUCGGAGAAUUUCCCCGGUAAGGAUACCACGCAUCCCGCGAAAGAUCCCGAAGUGACAACCGUCGAGUGGUUUGACAGCUCGACCACGAAAAAGCCCUCGGAGGGCUUCAGCCUUUUGAAUUUCGUGAAGAAGGUGGCCGAGAUCAAAUUCAGACUGGGCCUGACGAUUCUUAAGCACGCCAGCGAGGGCUUCGCGCGGUAUCUGGGUCACGUGCAGAAGAGGAUCAACGGCGAGGAAUGAGGGGGGAAAAAACUCGGAGGAGCAGCGAUGGAAGUUUUUAGCGUUGUGUGACGAUACGCGUUUUCCAAUUUCACGGCGUAACACGAUGGACACGCGGUGGAUAACGGCGACGGACGACACGACGGCGACCGUAAUCCUGUAGUAACGGUAGUCGGGGAAACGCGAAGAA